UGAAUGGAGGUCAGUGGAGGGAUUGGCAGAGAGGGGUGGAGGACACUGAAUAGAGGCCGGUGGAGGGAUUGGCAGAGAGGGGUGGAGGACACUGAAUGGAGGUCGGUGGAGGGAUUGGCAGAGAGGGGUGGAGGACACUGAAUGGAGGUCGGUGGAAGGAUUGGCAGAGAGGGGUGGAGGACACUGAAUGGAGGCCAGUGGAGGGACUGGCAGAGGGGGGUGGAGGACACUGAGUGGAGGCCAGUGGAGGGAUUGGCAGAGAGGGGUGAAGGACACUGAGUGGAGGCCAGUGGAGGGAUUGGCAGGUGGGGUGGCAGAAGCGGAGCGGUUGGUGAGGUGGAUGAGUCUGGCCGCU